AUUUCAUAGUACAAAUCCAACAACAUGAAAACCAGUUCUUUCUCAUUCCACUUCUUCCUCACUCUCCUCUCUCUUCUACUAACCAUUGUCAAACCCGACCCGGACCCACUGCAAGACUACUGCGUCGCAGACAGAAACAACCCCCGAUCAAUCUUCAUCAACGGUGCACCAUGCAUUAAUCCGUCACUAGCACUCCCUUCCCAUUUUGCCACCUCAGCAUUGUCCAAACCCGGCAACACCGCGAACCAAUUCGGGUUCAAUGUCACUCUUACCACCAUUGCAAACCUACCGGGCCUCAACACUCAGGGCCUAAGCAUGGCCCGAGUCGAUCUGGCCGUAAACGGAGUGGUCCCACCCCACUCGCACCCUCGGGCCUCGGAAGUGACCAUUUGCCUCGAGGGUUCGAUUCUUGUUGGUUUUAUCGAUACUUCUAGCCAUAUGUACACGCAACAACUACGUGUCGGCGAAUCAUUUGUGUUUCCAAGAGGAUUGAUUCAUUUUCUGUACAAUAUGGACCCUAUGAAGCCCGCAAUGGCUGUGUCCGGGCUCAGCAGUCAGAGCCCGGGCGCACAGAUAGCUUCCCUUUCCAUGUUUGCCUCGAAACCGGCCGUGCCGGACGAGGUUUUGAAGAAGGCGUUUCAGAUUACGGGUCAAGAUGUUGCCAAAAUUCGCAGGAACCUUGGUGGGUGAUUUAUAUUUUGAAUCCAGUAAUGUAUGUAUAAAAUAUGAGCAAUCCAGUCUUUACUUAAAAUUUUACUAAAAUUCAUUUAUAAAUUUUAUUUGAUAUGAU